UUCUGUGCAGAAGCAAGCAGGGGAGAGGAUCAGGAGGAGAGAGUGAGGAAGCGGGGAGGAAAAAAAAGAGAUAGAAAGAGACAGAGACAGAAAGGAACACAGAGAAACAGGGAGGGAAAAGUGAGAGGGAAGGAUCAAGAAGGGGAAAAGUGAAAGGCGCUGUCACUGACGCUACUUUUGGCCUCGCGUUCGCCGUCUUUCUUGUUUGUGGCCUCGCUCUGCUGGGUCUUCUCACAUUAGUCUCCUGGAAGCUCUGCUGGGUGCCUUGGAGGAGCAAGGCUCAGUUCCCAAGCCCAUCUCUCAGCCCGUCCGGUGACCUGGAGCACUGUCCGCACCAGCAAUCCCUUCCUCCGCCCAGUCCCCAGCAUCCGGUGGUCACCAUGGCGACAGAGAAGGUGAAGGACCCCGUGGGUUCGAUGGGCUUCCUUGAGGCUGCGGUGAAGAUAAGCCGUACCUCCCCUGACAUCCCUGCUGACGUGCAGCUCUCUAUGAGGGAGCACUUCCUACGUCGCACGCAACGCAUGCAGAGACAAACCACUGAGCCGGCGUCCUCCACACGGCACAACUCUUUCAAAAGACACCUCCCCAGGCAGAUGCAGGUGGGCAGUUUAGAUUUGGGCAAUGACUACAUGGUGGACAGGGACGAAAAGCCAACCAGCCUGGGUCGCAUCCAACCAGAGCUCUACCAACAGAAGGCCUCAGACUCAGAGGAGUCGUCCAAGAAUGGCAAAGAGAAAAACUGUGGCAGGAUUAACAUCUCGCUCAAGUACGACUACGAAAAUGAGGCAUUAAUCGUCAAUAUUCUCAGGGCAGUAGACCUACCAGCCAAGGACCUGUGCGGUACCUCUGACCCUUACGUCAAGGUCUACCUCCUACCUGAUCGUAAGAAGUUCCAGACCCGUGUCCACCGGAAGACGCUCAACCCCACGUUUAACGAAAGCUUCCAGUUUCCCGUGCCUUACGACGAGCUGCCUGUGAGGAAGCUCCACAUGAGCGUCUUUGACUUUGACAGAUUUUCUCGGCAUGAUAUGAUUGGGGAAGUGGUGCUGGAGAACUUGUUCGAGACAUCUGAUCUUUCGAGGGAGACAAACAUAUGGAGGGACAUCGAGUACGCAACAAGUUUCAAACUCAACCAGAACGCUACUUUUGGCCUCGCGUUCGCCGUCUUUCUUGUUUGUGGCCUCGCUCUGCUGGGUCUUCUCACAUUAGUCUCCUGGAAGCUCUGCUGGGUGCCUUGGAGGAGCAAGGCUCAGUUCCCAAGCCCAUCUCUCAGCCCGUCCGGUGACCUGGAGCACUGUCCGCACCAGCAAUCCCUUCCUCCGCCCAGUCCCCAGCAUCCGGUGGUCACCAUGGCGACAGAGAAGGUGAAGGACCCCGUGGGUUCGAUGGGCUUCCUUGAGGCUGCGGUGAAGAUAAGCCGUACCUCCCCUGACAUCCCUGCUGACGUGCAGCUCUCUAUGAGGGAGCACUUCCUACGUCGCACGCAACGCAUGCAGAGACAAACCACUGAGCCGGCGUCCUCCACACGGCACAACUCUUUCAAAAGACACCUCCCCAGGCAGAUGCAGGUGGGCAGUUUAGAUUUGGGCAAUGACUACAUGGUGGACAGGGACGAAAAGCCAACCAGCCUGGGUCGCAUCCAACCAGAGCUCUACCAACAGAAGGCCUCAGACUCAGAGGAGUCGUCCAAGAAUGGCAAAGAGAAAAACUGUGGCAGGAUUAACAUCUCGCUCAAGUACGACUACGAAAAUGAGGCAUUAAUCGUCAAUAUUCUCAGGGCAGUAGACCUACCAGCCAAGGACCUGUGCGGUACCUCUGACCCUUACGUCAAGGUCUACCUCCUACCUGAUCGUAAGAAGUUCCAGACCCGUGUCCACCGGAAGACGCUCAACCCCACGUUUAACGAAAGCUUCCAGUUUCCCGUGCCUUACGACGAGCUGCCUGUGAGGAAGCUCCACAUGAGCGUCUUUGACUUUGACAGAUUUUCUCGGCAUGAUAUGAUUGGGGAAGUGGUGCUGGAGAACUUGUUCGAGACAUCUGAUCUUUCGAGGGAGACAAACAUAUGGAGGGACAUCGAGUACGCAACAAGUGAAAGCGUUGACCUUGGGGAGAUCAUGUUCUCAUUGUGCUACCUGCCCACUGCAGGCAGACUCACACUUACUGUUAUCAAGUGCAGGAACCUCAAGGCUAUGGACAUCACCGGGUACUCGGAUCCCUAUGUUAAAGUAUCGCUCAUUUGUGACGGCAGGCGUUUAAAAAAGAAGAAAACGAGCAUUAAAAAAAACACCCUGAAUCCCACCUAUAAUGAAGCCAUCAUCUUCGACAUCCCUCCAGACAGUAUGGACCAUGUCAGCCUGCACAUCUCUGUGAUGGACUACGAUUUGGUGGGACAUAAUGAGAUCAUUGGUGUGAUGAGGGUUGGAAGCCAUGCUGAGGGACUUGGCAGGGACCACUGGAAUGAAAUGCUGGCUUAUCCACGGAAGCCUAUUGCACACUGGCAUCCCCUCCUGGAGUCCAAGAAAUCUGAGAAGGAGUGGAAGGCGAGAACUGCCAGCUUUGACAGCCAGGGCUCCUGCCCCUCACCGAGACCCCCUGCUAGUCCCUGAGAUGAGCUACCUGUGACCCAGCAGCCCAGAAGGGGUUUCCUCCCUCCUCCUGAUUCACUUCCUGUCUGUGUGCUUGAGGAGAAACACAAUCCCACUGUCUCUCCCUUCUCACUCGCUCUCAUCCCCACACCCCUCACUUCCUCCAGUCUAGUCCCAGAGCACUCCCAAGUACUGAAAUAGGACUUUCUGUAUGUCAGCUGUGUGAAGCUCAGGCUUUUCUCGACGUGGCUGGUGCGAUGGCCCGAAGCUAGGGUUGUUUUCUAGGAGAUUGGCUAGAGAUCAUGUCUGCAGACAUUGAUUGCUGAUUUGUCUACGCUGAGGUAAAUCUAGCUAGAUGUCCUUACAAAGGACUUGCAACUUUGAUUGAUGGAGUCUCUUUGAUGGAGAAAAAGCCCUGUCGAAUAUCACUCCAUGAAAGCAGUGGAUAUUUCUCAACGGGAAGCUGAGUUCAUAUAUUGCCAAGGAAGAAAAAAAAGGAGAUGAUCUAAAAGAAAGCUAUUUUAGAAGUUUAUGCUUCACUCACAUUUAUUUUUGCAUUCUUGAAUUAACAUUAGAUCUAUAUUUUUUUGUUAGAUGUUUUUGUUAGAUAGUUCAUAUAUGAUUAUCUUAAUGGGUUAGGCUAUAAACUCAAGUAGUUAAAAGUUUUG